AUGUCGAAUCAAGCUAAAAAGACAAACCCGGUAACAGAGAAUACUCUCAAGACCAUAAACAACUUGAAAGUAAAUACUCCACCAUUAUUCACUGAAAUUAUUAGAGCUGCCAAUAAAUACCAACAACAAUUAACUGCACUUAGUCAAGCUGGUAGUGUAUUAUCAGAUACCAUUGGCAGAUUGACCGUUCACAAUGCCGGAGAAUUUGGCGAUGGAUUAAGAAAAUUGGCAGAUACAAUCAGAGAACUUGAACUAAAGAGAGAAGAAGUUGCAAAGACAAUGUUAAAUGAUUUCAUUACUCCAUGUAAACAAGCCAUUGAAAAUGAUCAAAAGGAAGUUUUGACAUUUGAAAAGAAUUUUAAAAAAGAUAGAGAUAAUAUGAGACAAGAAAUUCUAAAAUUGGAAGCAAAGACUAGAAAAGCUGGUAAAAAGACAACUCCUGAAGUCCUUAAACAACAAAUUACUGAAUUGAAUGAUAAGAUUAAGGAAUCUGAUCAAUUAAAUUCCAACAAAUUAAAGGAUGUUGUAUUGAUGGAGAGAAAGAAAUUGGCAACCUUUUUAUCUCAAUUCAACCAAUUCAUUGACAAGGAUGUAGAAUUAUCAAAUGAUACAAACGCUAAAUUCACCAAUGGUUUACAAUGUUGGAGAGAUUUAAUUAAUGCUCAAAGUCAAUUACCAAGUGAAGUUGAAUCAUUAAUAAGUAAACAAGAAAGAACAUUGGUACAAAUUCAACCACAAGGUGGUGAUGCUGACAAUUAUCGUAUUUCUUAUGCUCCUGGAAAGGUACCAAACAGUGGAAGUGGAGGUUACGACACCUACGAGAGUUAUGACAGUUACGACAACUAUGACAAUUACGAUAAUAACGCAGGAGGAGAUUACAGUCAAGACUACUCGGCUGGUGCAGAGAUGCAAGCUCGUGCCUUGUACGAUUACAAUAGUUCAGAGGCCACUGAUUUGAAUCUACGUGCUGGUGAUAUAAUUUCAGUCAUUCAACAAGACGAUGGAUCAGGAUGGACAAAGGGUAGAGAUUCUUAUGGCAAUGAAGGUAUCUUCCCAUCUACAUACAUUGAAUAUUGUUGA